AUGGCAAAAAUCCUGAUCACAGGUUCCUCUGAUGGGCUUGGCUCGCUCUCUGCCCGCGCACUCAUAAAGCAAGGCCAUUCUGUUGUCAUCCAUGCACGGAAUGAACAGCGGGCGAAAGAUGCGCAACAAGCAUGUUCUGGAGCUGAGGCAUGCUUGGUAGCCGACCUGGCCGACAUUUCCCAGACCCAACGGCUUGCAGCAGAAGCAAAUGCUCUAGGUAGCUUCGAUGCUGUUGUCCACAAUGCUGGGCUCUACACGGGACCUUAUCGAAGGACAAAGGAAGGUUGGCCCAGUAUUGUUGCUGUCAACACUGUCAGUCCUUAUAUUCUUUCUUGUCUUCUGAACCCACGACCGAAAAGGCUGGUUUUUGUCUCGUCGGGCCUCCACAAUGGCGGGGACGCAUCUUGCGAGGAUCUCACCUGGUCUAAGCGCGGAGAGACCGAGUUUCGGGAGCAUCAGGCAUACGCAGAUACCAAACUACACAACAUACUAUUAGCGAAGGCUAUAGCACGCAGAUGGCCACAUGUACAGAGCAACUCCCUGGACCCAGGUUGGGUGCCAACCAAGAUGGGCGGUUCCUCAGCUAGUGGUGAUAUCAAUGCAGCUGUGGACACAUAUGUUAUGCUCGCCCAAGGCAAUGGGACUUCGAAAGGUGUUACUGGCAAGUACUGGUUCAGGUGUAGAGAGACUUCACCGAAGAAGGCCGCUGAGGAUGAAGCCGUGCAGCAGAAACUGUUGAAAGAACUUGAAGUCAUCACGGGGUUGCAAUUGCCUCAUGAAUGA